CAAUGCUGUAACAUGGACAUGAACUUGAGGAGCUCGCUCACCAAUAGAAUUGAAUAAAAAGAUAAUAAUAAAUAUUAGGGUAAAAAAAAAGGGAAAAAAAAAAAAGAAGGUGCCCAACUAAGUUAGGUGGAUGCUAUCAUGUGAGAAAGAGAAGACUUUUUUUCCAGGACUUUGUAGACACAUAAACAUAUUGCAAUCACAAUAACUUGUUAGAUUUGAAAAUUUGACCCUUAAAAUAAUCAUAUUCCAAUACCAAGUUGACACCUCCUUUCUGCAAAAUAUCAAGGCUUUCUCCUUCAUAAGAUUCUUCCCCCAUCUCAAAAAUAUUCAACUCCUCUUUUUUAUCUUCUCCUUCCAAACAAAUUAAACCCAACUUUUUUUUUUUUUUUAAUUUUUUUCUCUUUGAAAAAAUGGAUCCAAAUAGUGUUGAGUUUCAGAAACCAAGCACGGGUUUAACCAGAGUCACUCAGAGAUUCAAAACCCUUGUCACUCCCCAAAGGAUGUUCAAGGCCUUGAUCCUUGAUUCCCACAUCAUUUGUCCUAAGCUCAUGUUUUCCUCUAUCGAAAGCAUAGAGUUUAUUGAAGGUGAUGGAGAAGUUGGAAGCGUCAAACAGGUCAACUUCACUGAAGCAUGUCCGUACAGAUAUAUGAAACAUAGAAUUGAUGCACUGGAUAAGGAGGCUAUGAUGUGCAAAUUCACAUUGAUAGAAGGGGAUGAUGUUUUGAGAGACAAGCUUGAAUAUGUGAGCUAUGAGGUUCAGUUUGAAGGAUAUGGUGGAGGAGGAUGUAUUUGUAAACUUGCAACCGAGUAUAAAGCAAGAGAAGGUGUGGAAAUCACAGAACUUGAUCUUGAGCUUGGCAAGGACAGAGUUAUUGGUUUGUAUGAAGUUGUGGAGGCUUACCUUCUUGCUCAUCCUCGUGCCUAUGCUUGAAAAGCAAACAGCUUCUCUCUCUCUCUCUCUCUCUCUCUCUCUCUCUCACUUUUUAAGUAAAAUUAUAUAUAUAUAUAUAUAUAUAUAAUAUUUUUCUGUUUAUUUUGUGAAUUUUGUAUUUUGAAGCAAUAAAUCUUACAGACUCUUCUUCUUGGUC